UCUGCAUAUCUCCACUGAUCACUGAACGGGUAGUGAACCGCCGACCUUCCUGAUUCCGUGAUUCGUGACGCUCUACUGCGCAGCGAAGGCGAAAGACCGAGUAAUUUGGCGAUUCGGGACUAAGAAAUGGUGGGACCGCCAUACGAUUUUCUGGUGAAUCCUCUCGGGGUCGUGAGAUCAACGUUCGAGAAGGCGAUUGCUUCGGGCUCCGAUCCUGCUUCUUUUGACGCCAAGGACUGGGGCGCCAUUGAUCUCUUCAGCGGUUUCCUCUUUGAUCAGCCUGGACUUUCUCGGGUUCCGGUUUUGACUCCUGCCACACUCAGAUGGGUACAACCCAAUACUCUAGUUCGGUUUCGUGGAAUGAUACAAGACAUGAUUGGGAAUGAGCUUUAUGUGGGUGCUUAUAAGGAUGGUUCAGUGUGGAGGACCAACAAAUUUAUGGAUGUAGCUCAGUUUCCUAUGGGUUCCUCAGCAGAUAUGCGAAUCUGGGAACGGCGGUUACUAUACUGUGUUCCGGUCCCGGGGCAGAAUGCAUGGACUGAAAUUUCAACAGAAGUAACUAAUCAAUAUGAGGAUUGGACAUUUCAACAGAGAGAAAAGCGGAGGAGAGCAGAUGAUGAGUCUGAUGAAUGCAAGGAUAUGCAUGUCUCAGCUGAUACGGUUCAAGGCUCUCCAGAUACCAAAAAGAUGAGAGAAGAUGAACACACUUCCCUUGCUACCCAAUCUCAGGGAGCUUUGCCUGAGAGUUCUAGCUCUGGUAUGAGUAUUGUGCAAGGCUGUGAUGGUAAUUCACUUCCUUGUCUUGUGAAGAUAUAUGAUUCUCCGGAAUCUGACUUAAAGCUGAAUGAUGUAUUUGAGUUUGUGGGUAUCCUUGCAUCUAGUGCGGAGCCUCCUGUGGGCAGCAGAGAUUCUGAAUUUUCAGAUGAUUUUUGUGAUGACCCAUUGCAGCAUUUUCCAGCUAACAAGGUGCCACGCCUUCAUUGUUUUGUUCACAGAAAACUUGCAGUUUCAGAUUUCCUUCAGAAUAACCCCAUAAUAGAGCCAAAAUCUCACUUGAUCAGAGAGAUCAGGGAAGCUCUACUCAGACAUCUCACGUCCGUUCUUGGCAAUGAUGCUGUGGCUGCUCAUUACUUGUUGCUACAUCUUCUAUCCAGGGUACAUGCUAGAGCAGACACUCUUGCGGUGGGCAAGCUUUCACUAAAUCUUACUUGCUUUAGCAAAGAAACUAUGUCUGCCUUUGGAAAUAUAUUAAUUCUUGCUGUGAAGAAUCUCUUGCCUUUCACACAUUGUAUACCCCUUACCGUGGAGUACCUAAACACAACUGCACUUGCGCCAAGGAAAGAUUAUGAUACAAACAGACUGGUUACUGGAGCUCUGCAGCUAGCUGAAGGCACUCACUUAAUUGUUGAUGAAACAAAAUUAAAGGCGGGAGCCCUCAACUCUGUGGGUGUGGAGAAUGCAAGGCUUCUGAAAAAUUUAAUGGAGUUUCAAAAGCUGGAAUAUGACUUCAAGUACUACAAAAUGGAAAUGGCCACCGAUGUCCAGCUGCUAGUCAUGUCAGAAGGGAAAUCAAAUAUCUUGCCAGCUGAUGUAGUUGUACCCUUCCGACCUUCUGUUGUAAAUGCUACUGAAACUGUUGUUGGAGAAGCUUUAGACUCUUGGAGGUGGUAUUUGGCUACUGUUAGACAGCUACCGCAUUCUAUUGAAUCAGAAAUGCAGAAGGUGGUAGAAAAUGAUUUAGUUGCAGCAAGACAAGCUGAUAGGAGUUUAAAUCCCCAAGAUCUUAGCAAAUGGUUAACAAUGGGUCGUCUCAUGUCCUUGAGCUUUGGUGAGACCAGCCUCUCUCCAGAACAUUGGCAAAUGGUCAACGAAUUGGAGACGCUGCGAAGUGAGAGAUUAAAGUGAAGCAUUCUUUUAUGGGUUAUGAGAUUGAACUGCUGCCUCCUGGGGCCUUUGAAGAAAGGAUAGCCCAUCAGAAGCGUUUUUAGGCCAAAAAGGGUUGGAAAAGUUUGUCUGUGCGACCUGACAACCUGAAUUGUCCGGCCAGUUUCCUCUUUUACCCGCCCAUAACGUGUAUAUUUAAGAUCCUAUAGUGGCUUAUGCAUACGGUAAAA